AUGUUGCACAGGGCUGGGCGUAUAACAGCAUCAGUUUCAAAAUCUGCCUUCACAUGUGAUUUAGAACGGACAAAAACAUUAGUGGACACAGUCAUGCAAUACAAGGAUCAAGUCGAUGUUGUUGCUACAAGAUACGGGAAGAGAAUGGAAACAAGAGCUCGCGAUGUUUAUACAGAGAAAUUGGACCAAAUACACACCAACUUUCAAGUCAAAACAACUGGUUUACACAUUAAUACAGAUUUUCCAUAUCUUGCUGCCAGCCCUGAUGGCAUAGUUCAAUGUGACUGCCACAGUUUGGGCUUGAAGGCAAUACUACCAAAGCUUGUAACUAGAAAGGGUGGUCCUAAUUUACAAAACGAAGAAAAACUUUAUUGUUUAUGUCGUAGACCAUCAUUUCCCCCAAUGAUUGGAUGUGAUAACUUUGGCACUUGUGACAUUGAAUGGUAUCACUAUUCAUGCGUAAACAUUACUAGAGCUCCUAAAAAGUCGUUAUGUCCAAAUUGUUCCAAAAAGAUUUAA